CACGCUGCCGCCACCGCCACGGGCCGACCGGACGCAGACUGUAGAGUGCAGACACACAACAGUAUCACACACGUGUCGUGUAGUACCGGCGUAACGCGAGCAGUCUCGUUUGGCGAUGCGGCGGCGUUUCGAACUCGUUACCGUCAUUGUACAACUACCGCGUUAUAAUUUAAUCCUGUCCGCGCCACGGCAACUACAGUACGGUUGUAGUUAUUAGUUACCUAGUAGUUACACUGUUACGAAAAUAUAAUAUAAACUAACCCAUUCGUUUCGCGGCAGAAAAUGAAUACAGCAACCACWGAAAAUGUCAAAAUCACUGACUCAAUUCCCGAAGAAACKGGAGAUAGAGUCAGGCUCAAAAAACAACUCGGUCUCCUCGAAGGUGUUGCCAUUAUUUUGGGCAUUAUAUUUGGAUCAGGUAUAUUUAUCUCGCCUUCGGGAGUGAUGAUAGAAGCUGGAUCGGUCGGUGUCAGCUUGACCAUGUGGAUUCUGUGCGGCAUGCUGUCCAUGAUCGGAGCACUGUGCUACGCCGAACUGGGCACCUCCAUACCGCGAUCGGGCGGCGACUACACGUACCUGUUCGAGGGAUUUGGACCACUGCCGGCGUUCCUUUACUUGUGGGACGCUAUGCUCGUGUUUGUGCCAACAACCAACGCCAUCAUGGGACUGACGUUCGCCAACUACGUCAUUAAGCCGUUCUUUCCGGAAUGUGACAAUCCGGACGAUGCGGUCAGACUCCUGGCGGCUGCCGUGAUUUGUUUCAUAACUUUUAUCAACUGCUGGAACGUCAAGGCCACCACUAAAGUCCAAAAUGUGUUUAUGUUCACCAAGAUAUCAGCUCUGAUUUUGAUCAUCGUGUGCGGCGGCGUUUACAUGUACUCAAACGGAUUUUCCAAGUUCAUGAACCCUUGGCAAGGAUCGGUCACAGACCCUGGCAGACUGGCCGUGUCCGUUUAUUCCGGAAUAUACUCGUACUCGGGAUGGAACUAUUUGAAUUUCAUGACAGAAGAGCUCAAGAACCCUUACGUGAACUUGCCGAGGGCCAUUUACAUUUCCAUGCCGUUGGUGACCAUUAUCUACGUGCUGGCCAACGUCGCGUACCUAGCCGUUCUGACGCCACACGAUAUGGUGACGACCAAAGCGAUCGCCGUCACUUUYGGUCACUUGGCAAUGGGUUCGUUUGAAUGGAUUAUGCCACUGAUGGUUGCCCUUUCAGCAUUUGGUGGUCUUUGUGUUCACAUCAUGACUUCAUCCAGAAUGUGCUUUGUCGGAGCGCGAUACGGUCACUUCCCCACAUUCUUGUCAUACAUCAAUGUGGAAAGGUACACACCCACCCCAUCUUUAGUGUUUUUGAACAUCUUAUCUUUACUCAUGCUUUUUACAAGUGAUGUUGGGAUGCUUAUUACAUAUUCGAGUAUUGUGGAGGCGUUCUUCACAAUGCUUUCAGUCUCUUCAGUAUUGUGGAACCGAUGGAAGCGUCCAAACAUUAACAGGCCAAUCAAGGUUUCCCUUUGGAUCCCAAUCACGUACGUAAUAGUGUCAUUAUUCUUGAUUGUGUUGCCGUGUUACGUAAAACCUUUUGAAGUUGGCAUGGGAGUUGGUAUCACCUUGUUAGGCAUUCCAGUGUACUAUUUAUGUGUAGUUUGGAAGACUAAACCUAUGUGGUUCCAAAAUUCAUUAAAGCACGUGACUUUCACCAUCCAAAAGUUAUUUGUUAGUGCCAAAGAAGAAAAAGCAGAGGACAUUUGGGAAUAAUGAAAUAGGUUUACAAUUUUAUUAUCUACUUGUCAAUUAUUGAUUUUUUAACGGUUUUGAAUUAUUCGUCUCAAACAUUUUCACUGAGAACCAUUUAAUUUUUUUCUUACUUUAUAUGUUACUCUCAUGUGUUUGUUUUAUUUUUAAAGACAUGACAUUUUUAUA